AUUUCGCCUAUAUAUAUGCGACGAUAAGUCUAGGGUUCGGCCUUCUCAAUAGUACAUCCUUCGGAGUCUUCAUUUAGGGUUUUUGCGAACUUGGCUGCGAAAAAGCUCUCUCCUUCUCCAACUCAGACACAAAAUGGUUCUUCCAAACGAUAUCGAUUUGUUGAAUCCACCGGCGGAGCUCGAGAAGAGGAAGCACAAGCUAAAACGUCUGGUUCAGUCCCCUAAUUCCUUCUUCAUGGAUGUCAAAUGCCAGGGCUGUUUCAACAUAACCACCGUCUUUAGCCACUCGCAAACUGUUGUGGUGUGUGGAAACUGCCAGACUGUCUUGUGCCAGCCAACAGGAGGCCGUGCAAGGCUCACCGAGGGAUGCUCUUUCCGGAGAAAGGGUGACUGAGUCUGCUUCUCUGCCUUUUGUUUCAAUUACUAGUUUCAAUGGAAGAAUUUUGAGAGCUUAGUGUUAGAUUUAAAUCAAGCACCUUCUUGUUUGAGUUUUGUCAUGUUGAAUUUGUUAAAUGCUUUCGACUUCGAUGCACUAUUCCUAUACAAUACUUUUUGGUUGGUUCAGUUUGAAUGAUUGAUGUUUCGCUUCCUUGUGUUUAAG